AUGGCUAAAGCUGAGCUAUGUCACCACCCCACAGGCUGGCUGCGAUUCCAAAACAAGUGCUUCCUGUUUCGAGGGAGGGUCGGUCACCACGAGCCGCACGCGAACUGGACGUACGCCCGCGACUGGUGCCGGGAACAGGGCGGUCACCUCGCCGUCAUCGAUGACGUCAACGAGAAUGACUUCGUGGCUAGUUAUCUGCGGGACAUCGCCCAUCACGUGUGGAUCGGUUUGUCUGACCGGCUUCACGAGGGCAAGUUUGCGUGGACUGAUGGGACAAGUCCUGUCCUCUUCACCAAUUGGGCAGAGAAAGAACCCAACAACAACGAUGGCCAGGAGCACUGUGUGAGUAUGACCCAUAACCACCUGGUGACUGGCCUCUGGAACGACGAGAACUGUGGCGAGAAGAGAGGCUGGGUGUGCUACACCAAAAAAAGCAGCAGCAUCCCAGCUCCGCCUCCCACGACUAGCCCCUGUCCCUCCGGCUACAUCAGCUGGUAUCGCAGCUGCUACAAGCUGGUGUCAGAGGCCAGGACGUGGGAGGAGGCGCAGAGCGAGUGUCUGAAGGAGGGAAGCAACCUGGCCAGCGUGGACAUGAGCUACGAGCAGGCCUUCAUCUCCGGGGCCGUGCAGCAGGCUAGCAGGGACACGUGGAUCGGCCUCCGCCGCACGGACGACGGGACCUACAAGUGGUCAGAUGGCUGGCCAGUCUUCUACACACACUGGGGACCUGGAGAGCCCACUCAUCACAAGGGCGAGGGCUGCGUGAGCAUGCAUGGCCGAUCCUUCUUCAUCCAGGGCACGUGGAACGACACCGACUGCACUGCCAGGAAGCCGUACCUCUGCAAGGUCACCUUCGAGAAGCCUCCGCCGACGCCGAGGCCGGGCGACGGCACAUGUCUGCCCGGCUGGUGGCCCUACGGCAGCCACUGCUACAUGGUGUACAACGGGAAGGAGGGUUUCUCCUGGCACGAGGCACGCUACCGGUGCCAGCUGAUCCGCGGGGGCGACCUGGCGUCCGUGCACAGCCGGGCAGAGGCAGAGUUCAUCCGCAACAUCAACUACACCAAGUACCACAACGUGUGGCUGGGACUCACCCGGGACGGCUUCUAUGGGUGGGGAUGGACCGAUAUGACUGCACUGAGCUUCACUAACUGGGCCCCGGGCGAGCCGAACGAAGCCAUCCACGACAUGGGCCGGGAGGAUUGCGUGGAGAUGUACGUGGACGGCGCGUGGAACGAUAACAACUGCCUCCAGAAGAGGGGCUUCGUGUGCAGACUCUUCCAGGAGGGACAUGGAGGUGGAAACACCACUAAGCCGCCCACGACUAUAGACGCUCACGCCGGCACGAUCGCAGGCAUCGUAAUCGGAACGAUACUGGCCGUGGCGAUCGUCCUGUGUGCCUUGUACUACAUGUUCGUGGUGAAGGGUGUGAAAUUCCGUGCCGCCGGCCUCCCCAGAAGCGACACCAAGGAGCACGUCACUGUGCCUGCAUUCAACAACCCGAACUUCACAGGAGAAUCUGACACCUGAAGACAGCGUGGAUGACAACAGCCCUAUACAGAAAGUGGCAUCACUCAAUACACUUUUAGGAAUUAAAAACAAUAAUACAUUUUAAAUAAUUGAUAUUGGAAAUGCCCUGGGUUUGAAAUGGAUACAUUUGAGCAGUAAUCACCUAAAACUGAUGGGGCUUUUUUUCUGGAGUUCAAAUAAUAAGUAAUUAUUGUUAUUUGUAAUUAAGCUGUGGUUCAGAGUAUAUCUGAUGCAUCAAAUGCUUCUUGUACAUACAUUUAUAUAUCUCAAAAUGCACUUGAAAUACCAAAAGCCAAAUUAAA